UGUACUGACUAAAAAUUACCAGCAAACUCUGGCCUUGAUAUUUGCUGUAAACGAGAUAAAUGAAAACCAACAGAUUUUACCUAAUUUCACAUUAGGCUUCAACAUUUAUGAUAGUUAUUAUGAAGCGAAAUGGACCUACCACAGUGCAAUGGAACUUCUCUCCACACAGAAAAGAUUUACUCCCAACUACAGGUGUGACAUCCAGAAUAAUCUGGUAGCUAUCAUUGAAGGGAUUGAUAUUGAUAUCUCACUUCCUAUAGCAACAAUGUUGAGUAUCUACAAGGUUCCACAGUUCACAUAUGGCUCUACUGCAGUGAGGAAUAAUCAAAGAGAAUCACUCCCUUUCUUUCGGAUGGUUCCAAAUGAAAUUUUGCAGUAUAAGGGUAUUGUCCAGUUACUUCUGCAUUUCAAAUGGAUGUGGGUUGGAAUCCUGGCAAUAAAUGAUGACAAUGGAGAUAGGUUUGUGCAGAGAAUACUUGCAGGAUUUCCCGUGAAUGGUAUCUGCUUUGCUUUCAUAGAGAGAAUCAAUAUUCCUUUCCUUGAUGAUUAUAUUACUUCAGUUGGUGAAAUGAUUGGAAUUGUUGAUAAAAUUAAGAAGAGCAAAACCAAUGUGCUAGUUCUCUAUGGAGAAACUCGAUCAAUGAUAUAUUGGAGAUGGAUGUUUCAACUAUUUGACAUAAAAGGUGUGGUGUGGAUUAUGUCAGCUCAGACUGAUCUCUUUUCCUUUUCUUAUCAAAGGGAUUGGGACAUCCAAGUCAUCAAUGGAGCACUAUCUUUCACUGUUAAGUCAUGCAAGUUUCCAGGGUUCCAACAUUUUUGGCAAAGCAGAAAACCGUCCAACUCAAAAGGAGACAAUUUUCUCCUGGCAUUUUGGGAACAAGCAUUUAGCUGUAAAUUUUCAAAUCCCCAUACAACUGGGGGCAUUUGCACAGGAGAAGAGAAGCUUGAGGACCUUCCUGGGACAGUUUCUGAAAUGUUCAUGAUGGGACAUAGUUACAGCAUCUACAAUGCUGGUUAUGCUAUGGCUCAUGUACUCCAUGGGCUGCAGAAAUCCAAAUCCAGAUAUGGUUCAAUGGCAAUUGAACAAAGAUGGAAGCUUCAAGAUCAACCAUGGCAGUUUCAUCAUUUGCUCAGAAGUUUCUCAUUCAACAACAGUGCUGGAGACAAAAUUUCAUUUGAUCACAAUGGAGAAUUAAUAGUUGGAUUUGACAUUAUCAAUUGGAUCACAUUUUCAAAUCAAUCAUUUCUUAAAGUGAAGGUUGGAAAAAUGAAUCCCAGGUCUACAUCAGAACAAGAGUUCAGCAUUAAUUGCCAUGCAAUCACUUGGCAUGACACUUUCAACCAGACAUUGCCCCUCUCAGUUUGCAAUAACAAUUGUCAAAUGGGUUAUAGCAGAAAGAGUAUUGAAGGAAAGCCAUUUUGCUGCUAUGAUUGCAAUCGAUGUCCUGAAGGGAAGAUUUCCAACAGGAAAGACAUGGAUUAUUGUUUUAAGUGCCAAGAAGACAAAUAUGCAAACAAAGAGCAGUAUUUAUGUCUUCCCAAAGUCAGUACUUUUCUAUCUUAUGAAGACCCUUUGGGAAUGAGUUUAGUUUUGUCUGUUACUGUUUUUGCUGUCAUCACAGCUCUGGUGCUUGGAAUUUUUAUGAAGUAUCACAAUACACCUAUUGUCAAAGCCAACAACCGAGAUCUCACCUAUACUCUCCUCAUCUCCAUCCUUCUUUGCUUUCUUUGUGCUUUGCUGUUUAUUGGCCAACCCACAAAAGUAACAUGUCCCCUACGACAAAUGGGUUUUGGAAUCAUAUUCUCAGUGGCAGUUUCUUGCAUGUUAGCAAAAACCAUCACAGUGGUUCUAGCUUUCAUGACCACCAAGCCAGGAAGCAACCUGAGGAAAUGGAUGGGGAAAAGACUGGGAAGUUCCAUUGUUCUUUCCUGCUCCUUGAUUCAAACAGGCAUUUGUACCUUAUGGACUGUAAUCUCUCCCCCCUUCCCAGAUGUUGACAUGCAGUCAAUGGCUGAAUAUAUGAUACUGGAGUGCAAUGAAGGCUCCUUGAUUAUGUUCUAUUGUGUCCUAGGCUAUAUGGGUUUCCUAGCCAUUGUAAGUUUCACUGUGGCUUUCUUUGCCAGAAACUUACCAGAUACUUUCAAUGAAGCCAAAUUUAUCACUUUUAGCAUGUUGGUUUUUUGUAGUGUAUGGUUAUCCUUUAUUCCAGCUUACCUAAGUUCCAAGGGGAAAUACAUAGUGGCUGUGGAGGUCUUCUCAAUCUUAGCCUCUAGUGUUGGAUUGUUGGGUUGUAUCUUUUUCCCCAAAUGCUUCAUAAUUUUACUGAGACCUCAAUUAAAUAACAAAGAACAGCUAGUAAGAAGAAUAACAUAA